AGUUUUCGCCAACAACACUUGCUUUCCAAAACAAAACGUUUCUCACCGAGUAGCUACGUUCGUGUAUACAGUCAUAGCAGACCACCGCUGAAUCCAUCCUCCAUGGCGAGGUGCUGGCUGCUGCUCCUCCUCUGUGCGUUCCUCUGGCCGGCGGUGAGCGCGACGCCGUGCCACCACCACGACCUCCACGCGCUGCGGGGCUUCGCCGAAGAGCUCGGCGGCGGGGGAGCCCUGCUCCGCACCGCAUGGUCCGGCGCCUCGUGCUGCGACUGGGAAGGCGUGGGCUGCGACGGCGCCACCGGUCGCGUCACGGCGCUGCGGCUCCCCGGCCACGGCCUCGCCGGGCCUAUCCCGGGAGCUUCUCUAGCGGGCCUCGUGUGGCUGGAGGAGCUCUUCCUCGGCUCCAACUCUUUCGUCGGCGUUCUCCCCGACGAGCUCUUCGGCCUCGCCAGGCUAAGGAAGCUCUCACUCGCAUCCAACGAGCUCACCGGCGAGCUGAGCCCACGCCUCGGCGAGCUCACACGCCUCACCUCGUUGGACUUGUCCGACAACCGCUUCUCCGGCCGCCUCCCGGACGUGUUCGACGACCUCACGUCGCUCGAGCAUCUGGCGGCGCACUCCAACGACUUCUCCGGCUUCUUGCCGCCGUCUCUGGCAUCACUAUCUUCCCUCCGCGAGCUCAACCUCCGGAACAACUCCAUGUCCGGUCCGAUUGCUCGUGUCAGCUUCUCUGGCAUGCCAUUUCUUUCCUCCGUCGACUUCUCCACAAACCACCUGACCGGGUGGCUCCCGACUAGCCUCGCCGCCUGCGGCGAGCUCCGGUCGCUCAACCUUGCCAACAACACGUUGGUCGGCAACAUCCCGUCGUGGAUGGGUGAGUUUGACCGCCUCUGGUACUUGGAUCUCUCCAACAACUCAUUUGUUGGCGAGGUGCCCAGAAGUUUGAUACGGCUCAUGGACCUCACCACUGUGGGUACUUCACCGGGUAUGGCUCUCAGUAACUUGCCAUUGUAUGUAAAUCACAAUAGAAGAACACUCGACGAGCAACCAAACACCAUUACCGGGACCAACAACACCGUGAGAUCUGGGCGCAACAACACCAUGUCCGGGAAUGACAACACUGUCAUGUCCGGAGACAACAACGCUGUGUCUGGCAGCUUCAACACCCUCGUAUGUGGGGACAACAAUGUUCUAACUGGUGACCACCAUGUCGUAUCCGGGAGCAACCAUAUUGUGACUAACAGCUACAAUAAAGUGUCUGGGUGCACCAAUAAUGUAUCCGGGAGCAACCAUACUGUAUCCGGGAGCAACAAUACCGUAUCUGGGAGUAGCAAUACGGUAUCUGGGAGCAACCAUAUUGUCUCUGGGAGCAACAAAAUCGUAACUGGAGGUUAGUGAUCUCUGUUCAGUGGAUGAUUCCAUCUGCAAGUAUCAGAUCCCGGAGGGCAUCGAAGAGAGACUCGUGAAGUGAGGAAUAAGAGGUUCUCUAGCUAGUCUGAACUGAAAAUCUUGGGUAGAUGGAUACCCUAGCUUGUUCCAAGUUGAGGGGCACCAUCAAGACCUUUUGUAUCUUUACUGCUUUUUUAGCAUAGUAUUUCAAUUUCCGCAGCCAUAUUAGUAUGUAUUUCCGUACUUGUAAUAUUAGUGUUAAGUUCAAGCCUAUCAUGAGAAAUAUCCAAUGAUGGACUCGCCUUUCUCCGA